AUGCGAUUACUCAACUACUACUAUGUCGCCUAUGUAAUUCUAAUAUUUGGUCUAGAAAGUUCGAAUGGAAAAAUAUUAAAUGGUUGUCGAUUUGAUCAAAAUUUUUAUAAAAAUCAUCCAAAUAUAUUUGAAUUAAAUAAAAAUCAAACGUCAUUAACUGUACGACCAUUAUAUGCAUUACUAAAUCAAUCAUUUUCACCUUCAAAUCAAUCGCUAUCAAUUGGCAUCAUUUAUCGUUUUGCAAAUACCUAUUUAGUACCUGUACCAUUCGUUUUUCAAUGUCCAGAAGAAAGUGAACAAGUCUAUGUACCAAACGAUUGUGAAUUUACAAUGAUUGAUAUUCGAUCAGAUUUAUCUACUCGAGUAUCUGAAUCAACGCGUACAACAACUGUUCCACUUCAUUUUCAAGACAAUUCUUCAUCGAAUUCAUUUUCAUUAUAUGGUGCUUAUUUUAAACAAUCGACAAUAGCAUUGAAAAAUUGUCGUUUAAUAUCCAAUGAAAAACUUAUUAUAUCAGAUACAUUUCAUUUACGUAUUGAAUUUGAACAAACAAUAGGUAUGAAAUGUUACGAGAAAUGUUCACAUCCGCAAUUAUAUGAAUGUUCAUCGUCAACGCAUACAUGUCAAUGCCGUUUACGAGAUUCUUCAACCGAACAAAUUGGUCAUCUUUGUGUUGACACAGAAAUUGCAUCGAAUUGUUCUCGUACACCAGAACGGUGUCGUCGUUUAUGUCAUAUUCAACAACAACUUCACACGGGUGAAAUUGAUCAUUAUUGCCAAUGCCCAUUAGGAACUCGACGUAUAUUUUCAAAUAAUAUAUAUCAUUGUGAACUACCGAAACUCGUUGAAUGUGACAAUAAUCUUUCAAUAGGGAAUUGCCCGAAACAUUAUACAUGUCAAGAAAAUCGAUGUGUACAAACAUUGUUAUCGCGUCGUAUAAAUGAAUCAAUUCUGCCAAUACCAUUCAUAUUAAUAGGUUUACUUAUUGGUGCUCUAUUAAUAAUCAUUAUACUUAUAAUUGGUCUUAUAAAAAUGCGUUCAGUAAAAUGUGUAAAAUUUGUUCAUCAAAAAACUGUAUUAUCAACUCAUUCGAUGAAUUCGUCACCAGCAACAAUAACACGUCUAUCAACAGUGCCAUCAUCAUCGUCUCCUUGUUCGACAUUAUCAUCCUCAUCGAAAUCAACGAAAUUAUCAUCAACAAACAAAACACUAGAAAAAUAUACCAAAGUCGAUUUGUUCGAAUGA